AUGGAGGAAGGGCAAACCCCACCAGUCGCUGAUCUGAAGAGAGAGCAGUCAGAGCCUGGUCUAGCACAGAAUGGUCUCGAGACUGCCACGCAAGGCGCGUCUCUCGAAGGCGAUAAUGCGACACCUCUAGAUCAAGUACCUAUCUCACAACCUGCCGAACCAACAUCAGCUGCCGAUACACCAUCGGCGAACGCGACUGGGACCCCUGCACUUGCUGCUGCAGAGGCCAAAUCACCAGCGGCUCAAGACGAUCCUGACGGAGAGCCGGAGGACGCUGAAAUGGGAGGCGUUGAAGAAGAUACCAAAGCCGAUGACGGUGAUGGUGAAAAGGAUGCAGUAGAAGAUUCGCAGGCGACACCCGCUCCACAGACCGCCGCUGAGAAGACACAAUCGAACGAGGAGCUCGCAGCCGCCGCCAAUUCGCACCUCGUUCAGCAAACCCACCAGAUCAUCCUUCCCAGCUACAGCACGUGGUUUGACAUGCACCAGAUCCAUCCCUUGGAGAAAAAGUCGCUACCCGAAUUCUUUAACGCGCGGAAUCGUAGCAAGACACCUUCUGUUUACAAGGACUACCGAGAUUUCAUGGUCAACACCUACCGCUUAAACCCUGUUGAAUACUUGACAGUGACUGCUUGUCGGAGGAAUCUGGCUGGCGAUGUCUGCGCCAUUAUGAGAGUGCACGCUUUCCUGGAGCAGUGGGGAUUGAUCAACUACCAGGUGGACCCGCAAACCAGGCCAUCAAACAUUGGGCCGCCAUUUACGGGCCACUUCCGCAUCACGGCCGACACACCACGGGGUCUACAGCCCUUCCAGCCUGGGCCCAACACCUUCACUACUCCUGGCAAACCACACCCCUCAACUGAUCGGGCAAAGUCCGCAACUCCAGCAACCAAAGCGGACCUCAACGUUGAACUUCGGCGCAACGUCUACGAUGAGAAGGGGAAGGAGCUCAAAGCAAAAGAGGACGCCGACAAGCAAGCCAAUGGUGACGCCAAUGGCGCCUCGUCUGCCGAAGCCGCCACUAAGGCCAUGGACGAGGCUGCGAAGGAGCCAAAGAAGACCUUCAACUGCUACUCAUGCGGCAUCGAUUGCACAAGAAGUCGCUUCCACUAUGCCAAAACCGACGGUGCCACAAGUACAACGAAACCAGACGAGCUCAAAUACGAUUUAUGCCCGAAUUGCUACUUCCAAUCACGGAUGCCCAGCUCUCACCGCUCCUCAGAUUUCGUCAAGAUGGAGGAUACGACAUAUAGCGGUAUUCCCGACAAGGAUGCCCCGUGGACAGAUGGCGAGACACUCCUCCUACUGGAGGGCCUGGAGGCCUUUGAUAACGACUGGACCGCUGUCUCGAAGCAUGUUGGUACUCGGACGAGGGAGGAGUGCGUCAUGAAAUUCCUGCAGUUGGACAUCCAGGACCAGUAUCUUGAAGACGGUAUUCAGAACGGGUCCACCAGUCUACGCACUCUCGGUGGCCGGGAGCCUAUCAAUCAAGCCGAGAACCCAGUCAUGUCGGUCGUCAGCUUUCUCGCCCAGCUUGCAGAUCCCAAAGUGGUAGCUGCUGCAUCUUCACGCUCAACAGAGCAGAUCGUCAACGAGAUUAGGGGUGGUCUAGAGAGGGGCCAAGGGGACGCAACCGCGUCUGGCAAAGAGCAAGACAAGGAUAAGGCUGUCAAAGCGGAAGGCCAGGCAGACGACUCGAUGGAAGUGGAUGGAGAAUCACGACCCACCGCCACCAGCGGCACCCGCCCAUCCCCAGAGAGCGAACUUGCCACCAUCGGCCUCGCGACUUCUGCCUCGCGCGCCGCCGGCCUGGCUAGCAUGGAAGAGCGCGAGCUUACACGCCUCGUAGGCGCUGCCGUCAACCUCACGCUUCAAAAAUUCGAGCUCAAGCUCCAGCAGUUUGCCGAAAUGGAAGAAAUCGUGCAGGCCGAGCGCCGGGAUCUCGAGAAGGGUCGGCAGCAGCUGUUCCUGGACCGGCUGGCUUUCAAGAAGCGCGUCAUCGACAUGGACAAGGCCAUGAAGACCGCAUCCAUCAAGUCGCCUGAGGAGGGCAUGCGCUUGAUGCAGGAAGUCUUUGGCAACCAGUCCAAGGGCUAUGUUUUUGGCGGCAGCGGCAAGGAUGAUGACGGCGUUCAGCCGCCUAGUGCGGAAGGCGGCGAAGGCUUCAAGAGGAUAGAGGUCUAG